AGAAAACAUUCCGACAGUACAAAAAUGAAAUUAGAAGAUCUUAUCUGUCGUAUUUUUUCGGCAGUUAAUCGUUUAGCACGCCAAGAAUGUUCAGGUUUUCGUGGCAUGUGUCACUAAACAUCAAAGAAUGGAUAGACAUAAAGUAUCGUAGUGUAAGAAGGAAAUUCAAAGGAUAAACAGCAACCAAAAAUAAGAUGAUAUUGAAGAUAAUAAAAAAAUAAUUUAUAAAUAUCUAGAUCUCAUUACCUACAAGAUUAGACAAAAGGUCAAGUUUCUAUUGUUCCAAAAUUGUAGAAUAGAUGUACUUAUUGUCAUUAUUAAGGCCCUAACAAUAACAAGAUAUAAGUAUAAGGCUAACCCUAGGAAAAACAUUGCCUUUGAGAAGUUUAGAAUCCUUAGAAAGCUGCUUACAAUAUUUGAUCCUAUUGAUGUCUGCAAAAACCAUACUUAUGUUAAGUUUAUGUUGUUGUUUGCUACUGCUCAACUAACAUUCAUGAUCAAUUGAAUGGUUUUUUUUUCGCUCUUCUUUGACUGUCUUCAAAAAAUAUGUUUACAUAAAUUCUAAUCAACAUGGCUGAAGCAUUGUAUGAUUCUCCGGUUGCUUUUGAUCCUGACAAUUUUGAUUUUAGCAUUGAUUUAGUCAGUGCUGCCAUACAUCAUUUAGAGUUUCUCGCUGAAGUUAAUAAGACACCAUAUUUACAAAGUGACUCUGUGAUACGUAAUGCCAUAUAUAGAUAUGAAUGUUUGUGGCUUCCCUUUUAUGCCAAAUUUAAUGAAGGUUUGAAUCUCGCGGCUCCAAUUGACAUAGAAUGGGUUUGGCAUUGUCACAUGCUUUGUCCAGCAUCUUAUGCAAAGGAUUGUAUGAAUAUCGUGGGAAAAGUCCUUGAUCAUCAGUUGACAAAUAAAAAUAGUCGUGCUGAAAAUCUAGAAGAUACUCGUGCUUUGUGGGAAGAGGAAUAUACACAAGAAAAGUUUGUGAUAUCGCAAGAAUCUGUGAUUGAUAUACCCGAGAUUUAUUAUUCUAAAAUAAGUUAUGAUAUUAUUGCAGCUAGUUUAAGACAGAAAGAAUUUUAUUAUCAAGUGUCACUCCCCCAUUAUAGAGAUUUGAAAUUCAUUACUCACAGUGUUCUACGUUACAAAAAAUUCCUAUAUCUAAAAAAAUGUUAUCCUGGAAUGUUCAUAGUGCCAUGUUAUGAUAUUGACCUUAUAUGGCACACACAUCAACUUCAUCCUGUCAUUUAUCAGUUUGAUACAGAGUGUUUUAUUGGUCAGUUGUUUAAUCAUGAUGAUUCUGUCAAUGACAGAGCCGCAGGAUCUCGACUUAGUCGUGCUGAAUACGCCACAAGGAAUCUGUGGAAGAAAAUUUUUGGAGAAAAGUUUUCACUAUUUGGUUCUAUGUUUCGAGGUAUGUCACCUCAAGGUAAACUAUAUAAACCGUCGGUUGAUGAUACCUACAAAGUUUCCACAAAAAAGUCUAAAGUGUUGUUGGAAUCUGUUGAAAUGUCCGGUCUUCCGUAUGAUACCAAGAACUAUAAGUUAAAAAUAUGGUAUAAAACUGGUUAUCAAAACUUCAACAAGUCCUUAUAUGUUAGUGAUGUUAUAGCGAGAAUGAAAGGAUCAUAUGAUAAACUGGAAUCUGAACAACGGUUGAUGAAGAAUUUUAGUUUUGAUACCAAAUAUAACAACCACAUACAUUUCGAACUUUCGAGACAAGAGGGCAUGUUUUGUUUCUCUGCACAUGAACCAUGUGAGGAAGGUCGCUGGAGCUUAUUAAAGGUCAUUCAAGCUGCUGAACGAGGGCCAAUAUCAAAUGCUAGUGAAGUAUCGUUAGGGACAGAAAUUAGUGCUAAGGUAAAGGUCAGUUUAACGACACCUGAUCCCGGUCCGUGUACAUUAAGAUUGGAUUGUGGUAGAUAUCAGAAUUGUAUCAUGCCAGAGAAUAUUGAACAGUUAUGGGGACCAAUUCCUUUACGUCGUCUUCCUCCAGGGAUGGAUAACAAUUGUUCUGUAGCCUCACACAGAUUAUUAAAUCAUGCCGGAGAAACAGCAUACACUUGUCGUAUAAUACACAGUCUUCCUCUACUCAUGUCUGCUGUCCAUGUAUUCUAUCGUGACAAGAUGUCUGCUGUUGCACAUCUUAUAGCAUCUGAUCAACUGCCUUUACCACAAAUGGUUGAUAAUGCUGAGAAAUGUAUAACACUUAAUCCAAAGAUUGGAGAACGAGCUCUGCUCAUUAAAAACCAUAGUGGUGAUUGGGGUGUUGUGAUUGGUCGUUGGGCAGGUGUGAGGAAAGGAGUUAAGCCAAUAAGACCUACUAAAACUAGUCCUGGUAGAAGAGGUAUUCCACCGAGUCCUGGUUAUUUAGACAUUAGUUUCUACAAGAUUAAUAAUAAACGAUGGCAUGAAAUGUCUUUACAAGAUGCCUAUACUUCUGGUAAUUUUAAAUUCAAGAUUGACUCUUCUAUUGUUGAAUUAGAUCAGGGAAUGAUAGAAAUAGAUACCAAGAGAAAUGAGGUUGCAGAGAACUUAGCCUUAGCUUUUUGUGUUUCAUUACUUCAUGUUUUAUGUCAACCACGACCGGAAGCCUGGGAACCAGGUCAACCCAUGAAAAGUGAGGAGAAACAGUUCCCAGGUAGAAGAUUUCAAGUACCAUCUGAACAGUUAACACUUAUUGUUGCUGCUGGUUUUUUAAUUGCUACACCUUGUGGUCAUUUCAUCCGUAAAGCCAAAGAAAAUCGUAGUCUCCAUGGAGCUACAAAAGAAGAAGAACCAAGAGUUUGGGUUCCUGAUACAUCACAGUCUGGAAUGUGGGGAGCCAGUACCUCAAAUAAUCCUACAAUGUUUGGCCAAAACAAUGACAUCGAAGAUUUGGGUAUCUUGAAUGCUGCAGUUGAGGUGGAUAAUGUUUUUGGUAAAAAAGAACCAAGUAUAAGCAGUGAUGAUUCUGAUGAUGAAAGUGUGUCCAAUGAAGUGCAUGAGGAUAUGGUUGAGGUUGAUUAUCAUGCAUCAGCUCACGAUCAUGAUGAUAGCAUCAUUCUAGGUCAGGAAGAAGAUGAGGAUGAUGAUGAAGAGAAUAUUGACGAAAUAGAAGCUGCUUUACCAGAUGAAGCUGCUGGGGAUGACUUUGAAGAGGAGCAACCUGAAGAAGGUACUAAUGACUUUGAUCAUGUGGAUGAUGAUCCUGUAGAGGAUAAUGAUGUGGAUCUUGGUUAUGGAGUUGAUGCUGAUGAAGAUGUGGAAGAGAAUGAAGCUGCUGAAUUUGAUAAUGUUUUAGGAACUGCUUCAGAAGAUUAUGGGUAUGGAGCAAGUUUUGGUGAUGAUCCAGAAGCAGGGGAAGAUGAUAUAAAUUUUGCGGAUACAGAUGAUUUAGGUUAUGGUGGUCAAGUUUUUGGUGAUAAUGAUCAUAAUGAUAUUGAGGAUGGAUUUGGUGCUAAUAUUGAUGAUCCUGUUGGUGGAAUGUUUGGUGAUUCUGGUGAUCUUAGUACUAACUAUGCAGAAGAUGAUUAUGAAACUUGGGGUUAUGGGGCAGAAACUGAAACAGGAAACUAUGCGGAUUACGAUAUUGGAGAGGAUUAUACUGAAAGUACCAAUGUUGAUCAUUUUGGUCAUUCGACGGAAGUGGAUGCUAUUGCAGGAACAUCAAAUGACAAUUAUGACCAUGGGGGUUUCAGUAAUGCUGACAAUGGGGAUGGGGCUUUCAACACUCGUGUCGAUGAUUUUGGGGAUUAUACUGGGAGUAGUAGAUACUCUGGGGAUGGGUUUGGCGGGAAUGAUGGCGAUUUUAGUGAAAUAUGA